AGACAAUACAGUCUCUGUGUUAUGCUACAAAAGGCAAAAUCUCUAAAGCAAACCAAAAGAUCGGAGAUCUAUUAACAAAGCUCUUUUACUUUUCUAUUUUCAAGAACCAUUUUCACCUUCACUUUCACUAAAAGAGUUAGGGUUUCAAAGAGGUGAAGAUGAUGAACAGAGGAAUUUCUGUGGAUGAUUGUCUUCCAAAGUUCUUCAAAGUGUACUUACCUGAUGAUUCCGGAGAUGAUUUGGAAUUACCCAUCUCUUUCAACAGCUUUUUACCAAAGUCGUUGCCUAAAAAUGUAAUUGUUAGAAGCAUUUAUGGAAACAUCUGGAAAGUGGCGUUUAGGAAGUUUUGUGGUGAUAGUGAGAGAUUUGUUAUGGUUAAUGGGUGGAAGAAGAUAGUCAAGGACGAAGAUUUGAAAGGUGGAGAGUUCUUAGAAUUUGAGUUUGAUGGCUCUUGGUGUUUCAAUUUCUGUAUCUAUGGUCGUGCAACGUGUAAAAGGCUUAGAAGUUCAGUGCAAAUCACGGUUCUUGAUGACAAUGAUGAUGGUUUUAAUGAUGAUCAAGAUUAUGGGGAAGAAGUUAAAUCUAGUGAAAAUUUCAUAGUUCUUGAUGAUGAUGAUAUUAGUGAUGUUCAAGAUUAUAAUGAGGAAGAUACAUCUAGUGAAGAUAUUACAGCUCUUGAUGAUGCUGAUAAUGAUGAUAUUAAUGAUGUUCAAGAUUAUGUUGAGGAAGAUACAUCUAGUGAAGAUAUCAUAGUUAUUGAUGAUGAUGAUGAUGAUGAUGAUCAAGAUUAUGGUGACGAUGAUCAUGCUGAUGUUGAGAAAGAAAGAUGGAGAGGAGUCAAAACAGAGAAAAAAAAGAAAGGUAUAAUAGAAACUUUUGUCUUGUGAAGUUAACUGAGACUGAGAGCAUCACUGUCUUUUUAUUUUCUUGCGUAUAAAUUUUGAUAGGUUCUUCUGGAGAGCAUGACAGACAAUAUCUGGAUAAUCACAUGAACCCUUUCUUUACAGUGAACCAGCAUCGGCAAAUAAAAUAUAAUAUGCUGCGCAUACCAACUAAGGUCAUAACGAAGUAUGGCUUACACUUCCCUGAGUUCAUCAAUUUGAUUGAUCCACUCGAGAAAAACUUUGGUAAAUUGAAGAGGAAAGUUAAGGGUCAAACAAUCAAGGGAUUCCGUAGUAUAAUCAGAAGGAAUAAUGUGAAGUUGAAUGACAAGGUGAUUUGUGAGUUAGAAAAGGAGAUGGAUGGUCUUGUUCGAGAAAUCAAGGUCCAUGUUAUAAGAGGAUGAUCUCUUGAUAAGGCUUUAUGCGUUAACUCCAAGACAUUAUCUAUUUUUACUUGAGAGUUUUUAUAUGAGUAGAGUACUUGGUUUUAUGAAUCUUAUUGGUUUUCUCGGAACAUAAUCGAUGUUGAUGCUUUCUAUACACUUCUUGAUUUUGUUUGUUUGUCUGAAACAUGAAGUGCAAAAGACGAUCAACACAGUCUUACAAUAAUAAUGUAUACUAGAGCUAUAGAUUUUGG